CCUCUGCUCGUCCGUCCGUCUGUCUGUCUGUCUGUCUGUCUGUCUGUCUAUCUGCCCGGGGCGGGCGGGGCCCGGACGUGGCCGGGCGGCGAUGCGCCGGCUGCGGCUAAGGGAGGGGCCCCGGGGCCUGUAAACGUGGUGCCUGCGGGGCUGGGCGGCCUCAGCCGCCGCCGGCCCCCAGCUGAGGCCGGAGGAGCGCGGCGGCUCUCUCCUUUGCUUCUGCUUUUUAAAACCACAAAAUGUCUGAAGUUAAGCCAAGGAAAAAAGGUAUGUCUUCAUCCAAGACCAGUGAAGGGUCACAGAAGGCUGAGAAGCACAGUAAUUAUGGGAAGCUGGCAAGUCCCAGGACCAGCAAUAAUCACAGUUCCUUUUGGAUGGACUCAAGGACAAGUUUGAGUAUUGUUUCCCUUGCUGUUUGCCUGGUGCUGAGCUGGUUUCUAUUUCAGCAGUCAGGUCAAUUUGCUGAUCUGGAAAGAAAGUAUAAUUUUUUACAUCAAGAAGCUGAAAAAAUCCUGGAUGUGGGAAAUAAAGUAAACUUAAUUUCUGAAAAGCUUGAAUCUACUGAAAGUAUCCUGCAAGAAGCUGCCUCAUCCAUUUCUGUGAUGACUGAGUUUGGGCAGGAAAUACCUUCUCUUCAUAACUUCAUAAAUGAUAUUCAGAACAAUGAACAGACUCUAUCUCUAAAGAUGCAAAGCAUUAAUGAGAAGUUCCAAAAUGUUACAAAUUCCUGGAGAAGAAGCCUGGAUGAAAUGAACACAAAUGCUAGUGGUUUAAAAUCAGAAGCAAAGUUCAUACAUACAGAAGUUACUUCCAAAAUUAAUGAAGUUGACCAAAGAAUUAAAUCCCUUUCAGAAAGAGUAAGAGAUUUGGAAGACAGUACAGCCAGAAAUAUAAGAACACUAAAAAAGCAAGAAGAUGAUGAAUUCUCUAGAGUUGAACAAAAGUUGAACUUGGAUGCAAAGUCAAUUGAGAAGCUAGAAGAAGAACAGAAUAGUCUGGUAGCCAAGGACACAGACCUGAAUCAGAAACUUGCAAACUAUGAACCUAAAAUUGAGGAGUGCAAGACCCAUUUGCCAGCAAUUGAAAAUGCUAUUCGCUCUAUUCUUAGGUUGUCCAGUGACUUGCUUGGUAUGGAGAAAAAGAUAGAGGACUUGAAGACACAGCUGUACGCUGUGGAAAAUGACAUGUUGAAAACUGUUUCUGAUACAGUGGCGGUGCAGAAGGCUCUUGAAGCCCUACAGUCCAAUGGCAGCUUGUUCAAAUUGCAGCAUGAAAUAGCUGUUCUAGAAACAGGGCCUGACUUACCAGGAUCUUCAAAAGUAAAAGAAGUAACUUUAGAAAGCUUUAACUUAGAAAAUGACCAGAAUGGGGAUAAGUGAGUUUUGACUUUUUCAUUAAUGAAAAAGCACAUUUUUAUAAACAAUGUGAUUUAAGUGUAUGUCAGGGAUAGCUGAGAUAUUGUCAUUGAUCUAAAGAGACGUUGGAACAGCCUAAAAAGUUGAGAAUGAGGCCAGAGAGCCUCUGUUAAAGAAGGAAAGGAAUAUUUUCUUAAAUUAAAGAUUCUUUUCAGCUUAUUUAUUAAAAUACCUUUUUUAUUAAAAAUAAUUUGAAGGACAGUAUUUAGUUUUAAGGAGAAAAGAGCUCAUAUUUUUAGUUUGUAUUUAGUUUUCACUAGUUAGUUUCUUUUGUUGUUACUUUGUGUAUUGUUUUCUAUAGACUUGUAACACAGUGAACAAUUAAUUAAUCAUUUAAUUCUCAGCAGAGAUAGUUGUACCUUGCUUUUUAUGUGUUGUACACUGUGAUGGUUUGGUGCUGCAGGAAAACAGGAGUGCAUUUUUAACAGCUGAAGCUUAGGUACAACACCCUUAGGGAAAACACUAGUAAAAUACCUCCUACUGAGAACUUUGUCUUGUUCUGGUAUCUAUAAGCAGCUGGUAUUUACAUAGCAGCUGGUUUGUUUUUAUUUUUGGGGAGUGUUUUGGUGCUUUAGAAACAAAUUUUAGCCUUUUCUUCUGUAGGAUAUUCUUUGUUAGGCAUGAUAUGAUACGUGAUACGUCUCAUAUUGCUUCACAUUUGACAAGAAAAUAAAAAAUUAACAGUGUCA